AUGCAGAAUUCCUUUUUUCGCCCUGCGACUAGCCAGGGUCAGCAGGGUGUCCCCUACGACCUCCCCCCCGUCCACUCCGUCACUUCCCCCCAGUCCCAAUUCCACCAACCCCCCGCUGCUCUUCUUUCCGCUCCGCCGAGCAGGCCUGACAGCGGACUGAGAAUGUCUCAUCUUCUGCAACCUCUACCCCAGCAAAUGUCUAACCCUCCUCCUCCGGUCACUACUUCUUCCUACUCGCGCUCGUAUGAAUCGAGCUCGGGUUCGCCCGCUGAGGGCGUCUCCAUCCUCCCCGAUGCUCCUCCAAAUGGUUCCGUUUCCGGGGGUUCGGGCCUGUUACACUCGGGUGGCGUCCCACAGCAUCCUGCCCACUCCCAACAACCACUGCAGCAGAAGCGAGCUUAUCGACAGAGACGGAAGGAUCCUAGCUGCGAUGCCUGUCGUGAGCGCAAAGUCAAGUGCGAUGCCUCCGACUCCACCAGUUGUACAGAAUGUACCAACCGCAAAGUGCGAUGCCAGUUCACCAAGGAGACCAACAGACGCAUGUCCUCUAUCAAACAAGUGCAAGAUCUGGAAAAACAACUGGUCACCACCAGACAGCAACUGCAGCAACUGCGGUCGGGUUCCAUGAGGUCGGAUAAUAUCAUGGACCUUGAUCUCGACAAUCCCAGUCAACCGCUGCUCAAGCUUCCCGAAACCUCAAAUCGCCCCUCCCGGAGACCCAAGGCGCCCAUCGUGCAGGACCUUACCGAAGUACGAACCAAUCUGCGGAACUACGGGAGGGGGAUUCUGAAAGUGCCCCCGCCAUAUCGCCAGCGGGGCUCGAAGCCGUUGGUGACAGGUGAAUCGCCGCCGCUGCCUCCCAAGGACGUCGCAGAUCGUUUCUUGGGUCAGUACUUUUCCUGCAUCCAUUCAGUGUUCCCCGUGAUUCACUGGCCCAGCUUUGUCGCGGAAUAUGAAGAACUCUAUCGUGCUGGAACGCUUCAAGGGGUCCCUCGGGACUGGGCAGCUGUUUUGUUUGCUGUGUUCGCCUGUGGUUCGCUUCAUACACUCGAUCGUGCCAGGGAAGAGGAGGGCAAGGAAUUUGUCAAGACGGCCUGCGGGGUUAUGGAUAUAUGGCAGGACGACUUCUCUCUGGAUCGAGCACGAAUGGCCCUAAUAGUCAGUAUAUUUCUCUAUGAGGUGAAUUCCAAGUCGGCGAGUUGGGUGUGGAUUGGUUCUGCAGUGAGGGUUGCUCAGGAGAUUGGUUUGCACAUUGAGUCUGGGCCAUGGCCCACACUGGAGGGGGAGAUGAGGAGACGUGUAUGGUGGGGGUUAUACGCCUGGGAUAGACUCCUUUCCCUCGAGAUGGGAAAACCGGUUCUGAUCAACGAUCAGGACUGCGAUGUCGACCUCCCCUGUCCCGUCGACGAUCAGUAUAUUUUGGAAGGAGGGGUGCCUGAAGGACAACAGACCACACCGCUCUUAUCAACGAUCCAUGUCGUUCGGUCGAUCGGUCAGCUUACACGAACCUUGAGAUGUUCCACCAUCAGCCCGCAGACUCUCGAAACGUUUGAGCGACACUUCAACGCUUGUCUGGCCACCUUCCCCGUACAUUAUCAUCCGAAAUCCGACCAAUACCUGGAUCCUCGCUCUCUCGCCCCGAUCAUCUACCUUCAAAAUGCUCGGUUUAUCCUCCACCGUCACAACAUUUCUCCUUUCUGUCCGUACGAGGUGCGAUCGUCUGCAUUGGAUUACUGUCUUUCCACCUGUUUGGAUACAGCGCGCCUUCUUUCGCGCUGCAUGCAGAAUCCUCCUGGCAACGGACACGACUGGCAAGGGUUGAUUGCAUCUUCUGCAAGUACCAUGCUCUGCACACAUAUCUGGCGUUGUGCGCUUUUACUGCUCUUCCGCCAGGAAUACGCGGCUGCAUUAGUUUGUGUUCAAACAAGCGCCAUCAUCAAUGAUGCCCGUAGUGUGAACAUAUCCUGUGGACGAUAUAUUGCCUUUUUCCUGAACUGUCUUCUGGACCGGUUACGCCAAAACGAAGUGGUUGAUUUCGAGCGCGACGAAGAAAUGAUGGCCUACGUGUCUGGUGAUAUGCAGGGCACCAACGACGGCAGCUGGAUCUGGCAAGGCAGCGAGACAGGCUCUCAAUUAGAGGCAGUACCAUCGAAUCCCAAGUCACAGAGCGAGCAGCAAGCCAAGGAAUCAGAAUCCAACUGGGAGAGCUGGGGAUGGGUGGAGCGAACGGUACAAUAUCUCCUCAGCGAGAAACAGCAGCGACAAAGGGAAUACGAAAGACAGCGUGAGAAUGCCCGAAUGGCAGAAACCAAGUUCCUCAGUCCCGAUUCGGCGGCUGGGAACACGGACGAGGCGAACCGACGGACGAGUUCGUCUCACUCGCGCAUGACGAUUGCGAGCAUUAUAUGA